AUGCCUCAUAAUUAUUCACUAGAUGUCAAUGAUGAAACAACAUCUAAUACCAUUGACUUGGAUCAAAACAAAGAUGUUGAUUCUGAUUUACAAAAUAUUAUCAGAUGUGAUUCUAAUCUACAAAAUGUUAGAAAUAGUUCUAAUAGACCAAAGAUUAAUUCAAAAGAAAUUAUUAAUCAAUCCAAAACUGAUAAUGAAAAUUAUUUAAAACAUGCAGGAAUUCUUGUUCGAGAUAAUGUAAUUGCUGAACAAGUAUUGGAAAAAGUUAUAACAAAAAAGGAUUUUUCAUUGAUGGAAAUAAUUGGACAAUUUAACCGUGGAUUUAUUAUUACUAAACUUUGGAAUUCUGAUGAUGGCUUUGAUUUAUUUAUUAUUGAUCAGCAUGCAUCUGAUGAAAAAUAUAAUUUUGAAACUUUACAACUUCACACUAAAAUACAAACACAGCCACUAAUAAGUCCAAGAGCACUUCAACUGACAGCAACUGAAGAAUUAACAGCAACUGAAAAUCUUGAUAUAUUGCAAUCUAAUGGAUUUGAAUUACUAGUUGAUUUAGAUGCACCCCCAACUAAUAGAGUGAAGUUAAUAGCACAACCUAUCAUUAAGAAUAUGAUCUUUGAAAUUAAAGAUUUAGAAGAAUUGAUUCAUAUGCUGUCUGAAAAUCCAAGAACAUUAGUUAGAUGUUCUAAAGCAAAAAAAAUGUUUGCAUCCAAAGCCUGUCAUAAAUCUGUCAUGGUAGGUGAUGCUCUCAACAAACAACAAAUGACAAAGGUUUGGAAUUUAAUUCAGUACUGA